GGUAACGGUUAGGGCACACUUCGUCAAGUCAACGAACCUCAGAAGCAAGUUGGUGCGCACUACGCAUACCCACCACUUUGUUCCUCUUUUCUUCGACGUUGCGAGUACCGAUUCUGUUUCUGUUUCUGUUUGGUUACCGAGAAAACGAGAAGGAAAGCAACUCUUGUUUCAGGGUUCGAUUGUUCAAUGGAUGAUUCGGGAGCCAGUAGUUUGAAACUAGAAUCGAUAAGAGAAUCCCUGAUCAGGCAAGAAGACACCAUCAUCUUCAGUUUGAUAGAGCGAUCCAAGUUUCCUAUCAAUUCUCGAGGCUACGAUGAGUCCUUGGGCUUGGUCCAGGGUUUCUCUGGCUCAUUGGCGCGUUUCAUCAUUGAAGAAACUGAGGCUCUCCAGGCCAAGGCUGGGAGAUUUCAAAAUCCAGAAGAACAUCAAUUCUUCCCAGAAAAUCUUCCACCAUCCUUGGUGCCUCCUCACGACUAUCCGAAGGUUUUGUAUCCUGCAGCUGCCUCCAUCAAUAUAAACAAGCGCAUAUGGGACUUGUACUUCAAUGAACUGCUUCCACUAUUCACUGUUGUUGGUGAUGACGGCAACUAUGCCUCAGCUGUUGCAAGCGAUCUAAGUUGUUUGCAGGCCCUAUCUAGAAGAAUCCAUUAUGGUAAAUUUGUGGCAGAGGUUAAGUUCAGGGAUGCUCAACAAGACUAUGAGCCUGCUAUUCGCACCAAGGACAGGGAUGCGUUGAUGAAGUUGUUGACAUUUGAGAAUGUAGAAGAGAUGGUGAAGAAAAGAGUUCAGAAGAAGGCAUUGGCUUUUGGACAAGAGGUCAGCCUUAACCACAAUGACAAGAAAGUGAAGUGCAAGGUUGAUCCAUAUGUAGUUUCUCGCCUCUAUGAAGAAUGGAUAAUGCCUCUUACAAAGCUCGUUCAAGUUGAGUACCUUCUCCAUCGCUUGGAUUGAAACGUUUUUAGGACUUUGUCAAAUAGUCAUUCAUAAAAGAAUAAUAAGGAAAUGCCGCUACGAGCUCAUUCAAGUUUAGAACGUACCCCUAUUAUCUUGAUAAAAUCAUUUAGGAUGUCGUCCCCUUCUCAUUGUUACAGUGUUGUGGUUGUACACUAAGUUAUAAAGAUGAUAUUUCAUGUCAUUCUUGCUA